GUUGACGCCAGUCUGUAAUCUGGAUUGUCGGGUCACUGUUGUUAAACAUGGCGGCUGCAGUUGCUUCAAGUGCCACAAAGGAUGUCACAUCAUAUUUAUCCCAAAAACAAAACGUUCCCGAUAAGGACUUAGCAUCGGAAUGGGCGCAGCUCGAAGAACUAUACAACAAGAAGCUUUGGCAUCAGCUCACGUUGAAGUUGGAAGCAUUUGUAAAACAUCCUGCCCUACAGCAAGGCGAUAAUCUUGUACAACUGUACAAUCAUUUUUUGUCAACCUUCGAAAAUAAGAUUAAUCCGCUAUCGUUGGUUGAAAUUUUGGCACAUGUAAUUCAGCAAUUUCCGGAUAAGCAAGAGGCUAUAACAUUCUUAGAGAAAACAGAAUCAAAAAUAAAAAAUAAUAAUGAAGCAGUUGCUUUAUGCAAAGUUCUAAGUGGACAAAUUCUGCUGGACAAGCUUAAUGAUCAGGACAGAGCGAAGAAAGUCAUUGAAGAGGUUGAGUUGAUGCUUGACAAUGCAGACGGAAUUACAACUGUACAUGGUAGAUUUUAUCUCCUUGCAAGUAGACUCUAUAGACUACAAGGAAAACAUGCAGAAUAUUAUCGUACAGCCCUUAGGUAUCUUGGUUGCAUUGACCUGGACACCUUGAGUAAGCAAGAGCAAGAACAACAUGCCUUUUUCCUUGGGCUUGCAGCACUUUUAGGAGAGGGUGUUUAUAACCUUGGCGAGCUUUUGGCUCAUCCUGUAUUAGAGUCUUUGAAGGGUACCUCCAAUGCUUGGUUGGUAGAUCUACUCCAAGCGUUUAAUGCCGGGAACAUUGCGGCCCUAGAAAAAACAAAGCCACAAUGGAGUAAAGUAGCUGAUUUAGCUGCACAGGAAUUGAAGCUCAGACAGAAGAUUUCCCUCUUGUGUCUAAUGGAGAUGACAUUCAAACGGCAAGCUAAUAAUCGGCAGCUGACGUUUGCUGAAAUCUCACACGAGACCCGAUUGCCUAUUGGCGAGGUUGAACUUCUUGUUAUGAAAGCAUUGGCACAGGGUUUGGUUCGUGGCGCUAUUGAUCAAGUAGCUGCAACAGUGAACAUGACUUGGGUACAGCCACGAGUAUUGGAUCGUGCACAGAUAGCUGGAAUGGUACAGCGAUUAGAGGGAUGGUGUAAAGACGUCAAUUCAAUGGAGAGUCUUCUCGAAACUCGGGCAUCUGAAAUUCUUACUCUCUAAUGUUGUGUCCCAAACUGGGACCGUGUUCGAUGAAACAACGCAGUUUAGAAAUUUGAAACUUGUUGAAACACACUGUAACGUACAUGCGUAAUAACGGCGACACUUUUAACAGUACGUAAUCGAGUUCUUCA